AUGACUAUUAAACAGAAACAAAGUAUUUAUGUUAUGAUCUUUGAAAUAGACAAUGUUAUAUGUGGUGAUCCAGACACUCGGAUGUUGGAUUUAUCACAUAUAAGAACAUAUUCAUAUUGGGAUAGCGUAGUAGCUAUCAUCUUCCCAAUAAUUAUUACAGUUAGUACUGUAGAUAAUAUCUUAAAGAUUGUUAAGAUAAUUAUAUCAUACUGCCAGAUAUGGUACCUCGAAUUAGUUUACGCUUUUCUACAUCUUUCGUUCCAAAGAUUUUUAAACAUGGAAAAUCACUUCACAACAAAGAGGAACACAUUCCUCACACCGACGGCUACAGACAACCGAACAUUUGUGUGCACCGUCUGCGAAACCGAAAGAGUGUUAGGGUCCUUGCAAGGCCUCAGAAGACAUUAUACGAAAAAACAUCCAAACGAAAUGGGGGAGUAUGAGAAACUUCUAAAAAGAAGACCUGCUAUGUUUGAUGGCCCUUCUUCUUCUGCAAGCACUGCCACUGCCACUACCACUGCCACUACCACUGCCACUACCACUGCCACUACCAACCUGAACAGUAAUAAUGAACCUGCCCCAAUGGAAUUUAUUAUUGAAAACCCUCAGGACACAUAUGGCCAUGAAAUCUCUGACGAAGACGAAUAUAGUGAUGAUCACAUUCUAUCUGAUUCAUCAGAUGACUAUGAUGAGACCACUGACGACGAAGACACGGACACCAGAGUAGAAUAUGAUAGCCAGGAUCAUAUCGCUAGAAUGGCAGCAGAAAUGAGAACCUUCCAAUCUCUUUCUCAUGCCAUAAAUGCCUACUCAAACGAAGACAGCAGCAGACAGACAUUGUACCGGCCCAAUGACUUUGCUGACAUUUUUACUGGACCCACCCGUCCGUUUAAAUCAAAAGUAGAGUUUAUCUUACAUGCUCUCUUCUACGGCAAUGAAGAUCUUGCCUCAGAAAGAUCUAUCAAGAAGAUCAUGUUUGCCAUGAAGAUGGUCUUGGACGUCUGUGAAGAAUCUGGAGUAGCACUGGAUUUUCCAACACCAAAUGCUGUGAUUAACUAUCACAAGCAGAAAAAGAACCAGAUCCCUGUUUUUCCUACUGCCAGUUUCGAUGUUGUGAACCAAGACAAUGAACGACAUGUACUUUGGAUGAACAAACCAUCUGAUUACAUCAAGUUUACCAUGACAUGCCCUGGAAAAUCAUCUCAAAUCUCGGCCCUUCCUGACUUCACAGAAAACCAGCGGUUGAAUCUCAACCAAGGCAAAAAGUGGAAGGAGAACCCAUUGCUCCAGCAUCCGAUGAUCACUUUAAAUGGAAUGGACUACUGGGUGGGUGAUGUUGUCGAAGUCCAAGGCUCUCCGAACCAGUAUCUUCUUGAGAAGUUCUUCAUCAAGGACAGAUCCAUACUUGCCAAUGCGUUCCAGGUUUAUGGUGGCCACAAUCCUUGGCUGAACCAUCCUGAUGAUACUCACUUCCUGCGGUUUGGAAACUCUACAAACUUUGCUGUCUCUACCCUGAAGUAUACCAUUGAAGUUGAUAGGAUUAUGUCUACUGUUCAAAAAGACAGCGAUCUUUUCCUCAGACGUGGUUUCUCUGUUUCUUAUUGCCCUGCCAAAAUUGUCACCUAUGCUCUUACUGGUGUUCAAUCUGACUUGUGGCUCAACAAAUCCUGUGUUGAAGAAUUCAAGAGAAGACUUCCAGGCUCUGGUUUGAUGAAAGUAGUUGUCUGCCCACUUAAUCUCUAUUCUAAUAAUACCUCCGGUAAUUUAACAAAGCAGUACAACAAGUAUGACAGUUACUUAAUAUGUUGCCCCCUACCGGUGAUGAUCUCGUUAGGCUGGAGAAAGGUAUUGAGAUGUAUUCUGAGGAUCAUGGUGAAGUUGUUCUUGUUGCUGUGCCCCUGUUACUGUUUAUGGGUGACAACUCUAGUCAAUCUCAGCUUGCCAUGCAUGAGAACAUUUACUAAGAAGUUUUGCCGAAAAUGCCUCAUACCUUUGCCUCUUAUUGAACAGGGUUCCAUCUCUGACACUCUGCCAUAUUCUGCAGUUGAUCACUGUGGGUCAGAAGAAAGAAUGAGAGAUUUCUUGUGUGUCUUUGCCAAUGCUGAUUCCCAGUCAGGGCUAUAUGUCAAUGGGUGCGAAUUGAGUUAUAUCAAGAAUGGAAGUGAGAAAUUUCUUAGACUUGAAGCCUUCGACUCUACCAAAGACAUGUCUGUGGAAAUUCUCCACAUUAUUCCUCUUGGCCUGAUGAAAUACUUGAUGACUUUUCUCUGA